AUGCCAGACUGUUCCGUCAUAUUUCAGAUAAGCAAUUUAUUCACCCGGGCAUUUUUCGCUUACCAGCUGGGGAUGAAGGAUUUGCCGGAAUCCGUCGCAUUCUUCAGUUCAGUAGAAAUCGACUCCUGUUUACGCAAAAGUGCUGGCGACGAUUGCAUUACGCCGUCGAACCCCGAUGGACUAAAGAAAACAUACAAUAUCCCCCCAGGUCAAUCGCUCACGAUGCAAGAGAUUUUAGAAUGGACACAGGGUCGUCUGGACGCAUGA